AUGGGCGAUCAGAAGAGUCACCCGUUAUACUCUUCUUCGUCCAUUCUUACAAGCUGCCCACAACAAGAAGUGCAUUUAGUUAGUGAGCAAGGAGCAAAUCAUGAUCACAAUCCACCCAAUGCCACUGACACUGCACUGAGAUCUAACUGCGAAAAUGGCUUUGCGUUAACACCCAAUACAGCUUCACCCUUGAGAUGUUGUACUUGUUGUUGCAUUCAUAGAAAGAGAAGAUCAUCAAAUGGAACGAGUAGCAAUGGCGGUGCAAGCAAUGAUGGAGUUGUGUCACCAUUAGCGGAGAAGGGACCAUUGACUGUGUUGAUCAACAACACCACUUCGCCAACAACUAGCAUUUCUGGCUAUGUGACACAAUUAGCCAAGUAUCCUCGAUGGGAAACCACUACUAACAAUAUUUAUCAUUAUGAGAGCGUUUUGAGUGUCAAUUUGUGUCCUCCCUCUCCAUUAUUGUCCUCUUCGAAUUAUGACAAGGAAAUGGCUUCUGAUGAAGAUUUUAGCAAUGUUGUCUUGGUACUUGAUGCAUCAUUCUGCCGUGCUACUAGUGCUGGUUCAGAAUUAUUGGACUUGCUGAAAAUGAAAAUGAGAUCAACUCCACAAAGAGCAUUCUCCAUGAAUUUUGAGCAUGUUGCAACGCUGGGAAAGAGUUCAUCCACAACCUCAACUGCGUAUAUUAUGAACCAUCCGCUCGAUCAUCAAUUCUACUGUCCUUGUGACAUUAAAAUUUCCUACAAUUGUCACGUCAUUCUUGUGUCUGAUAUGGGCAAUAGAAGAAUUCAGGUUUUGGACCUUGCAACUCUACGCCUGAGAGCAAGCAUUAACAUUGCAGCCAAGCAUUUGUGUAUUGAAUCCAAUUAUGACUCGAGAAGAAAUGAUGCCCUUCUUGUGACAUGCAACGAUCAUUGUGUGUACAAGUACGACUUGCAACAAUUAAUUGAAGAGUCGACAUUGUCAUCCACAAAUGUCACCAAUAUCCAUUCGAACACGAAAACAACAACAACAACGACGACAAGCUCCCAAUCUUACAACUAUAUUUGGAGAUCAGGUACGCCCAAUGUCAAGGGAAAAGCAUUGGAUCAAUUCAAUCAACCAAGUGGAAUGGCUGUAUGGUAUGGCAAGAGUCAACAAGUUGUGUCGCCUUCCAAAAGCAACUCUUCUCAAAAUCUCGUUUUUGUUUGUGACUGUAACAACAAUAGAAUUCAAGUGGUACAAGCACAUGACGGCAAGGUUAUUAGUACUAUUGGUGGCAACAAUGCUGAUCAGCAACAGAAAUCCAUCCAAUUCAAAGGACCUUGGGAUAUUCAGAUUAAUGAGCAUUCAGAGUUGGUGGUUUGUGAAGUUGACACUCACAGAAUUCAAGUAUUGAGGAGAAUCACUUGCGACGAGAAACGUGACAGUCGUUCUCGUACGAGCAAUGCUGUUAGUAACAAUGGUAGUGACACUCAAGAACACUUUUCUUACAUUUCCACCAAAUCAUUUGGAAUUACCAAAGGAUAUACCUCCACAUUUAAUCAUCCACGUGGAGUGGCAAUUGACAAGACUCGUGAGCAUAUCAUUUUGUGUGAUCAAGAUAAUAAUCGAAUCGUAGUCUUGCAUGAAAAGACUGGUCAAGUGAAACGAGUGUUUGGUUCUCGUGGAACUAUGAACGGCCAAUUUUUCAAGCCUCAUGGAAUUUGUCUCAACGAGAGAACAGGUGAAUUACUUGUGGCAGACUACCUCAAUCACAGAAUUCAAAUUUUUAAGUAA